AUGCUCCGUAUCACGCCUCAGAGAUGUCUAGUACGUCCUUUCUCCAUUUCAAGAUGUUUGAAACAAGCGCAACCAGAGGUAAAAGAGAAUUCUACUGAUGAGCAGAAGUUUUUACCAAUGUCAAGAGCACAGACUGCAUAUCUUGACAGAGUGAUAAGGGUCGAUCAAGCAGGAGAAUUGGGUGCAAACUACAUCUAUGCGGGUCAGUAUUUUGUUCUUGCCAACAAAUACCCCCAUUUGAAACCGGUGCUACAGCACAUGUGGGAUCAAGAGAUUCAUCAUCACAAUACUUUCAACAACUUGCAGCUCAAAAAGAGAGUAAGGCCCAGUCUUUUGACCCCGCUGUGGAAGAUUGGUGCAUUUGCUAUGGGGGCAGGAACCUCGCUAAUAUCACCACAGGCUGCAAUGGCCUGCACCGAAGCGGUUGAAACCGUAAUUGGCCGGCACUACAAUGAUCAAUUGCGAUGCCUAACGAACCAGUACGAACUGCAAAAACCAGACGGCUCUCAUGGACAAAGUGAGGAGGUGCAAUCUUUGACAAAAACGAUCACGCAGUUCAGGGACGAAGAGCUGGAGCACUUGAACACAGCAGUCGAGCAUGACUCACACCAGGCCGUUCCUUACAAAUUGCUGACGGAGGGGAUCAUGACUAUAUGUAGAGCGGCAGUCUGGACCGCGGAAAGGGUUUGA